AUGCCGACGCAGAUGCUGAAGCAUACUACAAGAAAUACUAUCCAAAAUACUACAAACACAAGUACUACAAACACAAUUUCUAAACGUGAUCCUGAGGCAUACUACAAAAAAUACUAUCCAAAAUACCACAAACACAAAUACUACAAACACAAGUACUACCACCAUAAACGUGAUGCCAGUCCUGAACCAGUAGCUGAUGCUGAACCAAAUGCCGAAGCCGAUCCUGAUCAUACUUAG